GAAAGCAGUUAGCUUACCCCAACCACGACCGGAAAAUUCCCACGGAAAACCUUUCCUGGCGCAGCUCUGCGGCUCACCGCCAAUGACGGGUCUCCAAAAAGAUCAUCUUCCAUGCCGUGAUGAGUCGUUAGCGCAUCGCGGUGCAUUUUGCGCCGGAGUUGGGUUGUGGGUCCCAGAUAUCUUCCCCGCUCGCUGUUAACCGCGACUGUUCAUUCAUCCUUUUCUCUUUUGCUUUAGACUGCGAUUUUCACUUCAGUCGUUUCCAAAUAGCAUGCUACGCCGUAAUUCGUAAUGUCUUUUUCUACCGAGAGAAAUGCGGACCUAGACGUCGAGAAAGCUUUAUCCAACGAUGCCGAAAACUCUCCGAACGUUGAAAAGCAUGAGGGAAGCGAAAGCCGCUCCAUAUCAUCAGCAGAACCAAAAAGAGAAGAAGAAAUAACCCGCCUCCCAACGCACACAUCACAAACCCCACGAAAAUCCAUCAGUAACCUUGCCCGGGUCCUAACAACCCGCUCCAACGCCUCCGUUAUCGACCCUGGCCCACCACCCGACGGCGGCCUCAAAGCAUGGACCCAAGCCUUCAUGGGCCACUUCGUUGUCUUCAACACGUGGGGCAUGAUCUCCACCUUCGGCGUCUUCCAAACGUACUACACGAGCACUUUGCACCUCGAGCCGUCGGCCGUGUCCUGGAUCGGGGGCAUGCAGAUGCUGGGCCACUUCGGCCUGGGCAUGUUCUCUGGCCGCGCACUGGAUGCGGGACUGUUCUACUGGGUCGUCAUUCCCGGGAUGCUUCUCGCAGCGCUGGGCAUGUUCAUGACGAGCCUGUGUACGACCGGCGUGUACUGGCAGCUAUUCCUCGCGCAGGGCGUGAUGAACGGGAUUGGCUGCGGGCUGCAGUUCACGCCUUCCAUGUCCCUGGUGACUACGUACUUCACUAGCAACCGCAACGUCGCCGUCGCAAUCAUGGCGUCUGGGUCCGCAACAGGCGGGCUCGUCUACCCGACUAUCGCGCGGCAACUUCUUCCUCGCAUCGGCUUCGCGUGGACAGUGCGGACUAUGGGCUUCAUCAUGCUAGUCGUGGGUGCAUGCUACUGCAGUCUGCUCAAACCACGCUUACCCCCGCGGAAAAGCGGCCCAUUGUUCGAACUCUCGGCGUUUAGAGAGGCGCCCUAUACUUUGUACCUCGCCGGCGUGUUUCUCAUCUGCCUGGGCCAGUACUUCGCAUUCUACUACAUCAGCUCCUUUGCGCAGAACGUCAUCCACGUACCGUACAGCACAUCCAUCAACCUCCUCAUGAUCAUGAACGGCAUCGGCCUCCCGGGCCGCCUCAUCCCCUCGUACUUCGCCGACGCGAACUUCGGACCAUACAACACGCUCAUCCCGUUCUGCUUCAUCUCCGCCAUUAUCCUGUACUUCUGGACGCUGGUCUCCAGCAUCAGCUCUCUCUACGCGUUCGCGAUCCUGUACGGCUUUUUCUGCGCGGGGUUCCAGGGCUUGUUUCCCGCGGUGCUGACGAGCUUGACCAAGGAUAUGAGUAAGGUGGGGACGAGGAAUGGGAUGGGGUUUGGCGUCGUGGGCGUGGCGACGGUGCUAGGGCCGCCAAUUGCGGGGGCGCUGAUGCAGAGGGACGGGGGGAGCUACAUCGGGGCGCAGAUUUGGGGUGGGACGAUGGUGCUUGCGGGGAGCGCGGCCGUUGUGGCGGGCAGGGUGGCGAUAACGGGGUGGAGGUUUAGAGUGAGGGUGUGAUGUGCGGUGUUGAAAUAGCGUAAUGAGAAAAGGAGUUGGAUUUGCAGGAGGCAGUCUUCAGGGCCGCCUUAUAGAGCAUUUUAUUGAUAGACAACGUGGAAUUCAGCCACCGAGGCCUUAGAAUAUUGUGAAUAUGAAACAAGAACGCUUCCGCAGCC